AUGCAUGGAGAGCACCGUGCGCCGUGCCUCUCCGGCGGCGGGGGCGGCGGCGCGGCGCAUUUGUCAAAAGCGCUUUACGGCUUUACACCACGGAAACAGGGGCCCCAAAGCUCCCAAGAAACCCCCGCAUGGAAACUCCGCAACAGGGACAGCAACGAAUUGUAUAAUGUGACCCGGCCGCUAGCGUUCCGUUCCAAGCGCGCGCCGCUCGACCCUGGCCCGACGAGACCCGACCCCUCCCCUCCCCGUGCCGUCGUGGCGCGCGGCCCCGCCCCGUCACCCCCGGCCCGCGCGUCUAUAUAUCCGCCGCGCGCCCCGUGCGUCCAGCUCGCCGCACCACCACCAGACCAUCCUCCCAGCUCACGCAACAACUCAGAUCCAUCGCCGCCGGAACGCCCCAAUCCCCAGCGUUUCACGGGGCUUCUCCUCUCGCUUUCGCGUCGCGCGCGCGGCCGCGCAAACGCUUCGACAGCGCUGCUCAACUCCGCGAUGAGGACGAGGAAGGAGAAGGCGUCGGCGUGGAGGUCGCUGCUGGGCGGCUGCCUCGGCGGCGGCGGCGGAGGGGGAGGAGCGAAGGGGGACAGGCAGCGGAAGGUGCGUCCGGGCGGCGGGCGGCUGUCGUUCACGGACCUGAGCGGCGCGGCGGACCAGGACCUGUCGGUGUCGCUGGUGGGGUCGAACCUGCACGUGUUCAGCGUCGCGGAGCUGCGCGAGGCCACCAGGGGCUUCGUCUCCGGCAACUUCCUGGGCGAGGGCGGCUUCGGCCCCGUCUACAAGGGCUUCGUCGCCGACGGCGUCAAGAAGGGGCUCAAGCCGCAGGCCAUCGCCGUCAAGCUCUGGGACCCCGAGGGCGCACAGGGACACAAGGAGUGGCUGGCGGAGGUGAUCUUCCUGGGGCAGCUGCGGCACCCCAACCUGGUGAAGCUGGUCGGCUACUGCUGCGAGGACGAGCACCGCCUCCUCGUCUACGAGUACAUGGAGCACGGCAGCCUCGAGAACCACCUCUUCAAGCAGAUUCCUGCCGUGCUGCCCUGGUCAACCCGACUAAACAUUGCAGUAGGCGCCGCGAAGGGUUUGGCGUUCCUCCACGACGCAGAGAAGCCGGUGAUCUACCGUGACUUCAAGGCCUCCAACAUCUUGCUCGACUCGGACUACAAGGCCAAGCUGUCAGACUUUGGGCUCGCCAAGGACGGCCCGGAGGGCGACGACACCCACGUCUCGACGCGCGUGAUGGGCACGCACGGCUACGCGGCGCCGGAGUACAUCAUGACGGGCCACCUCACGGCGAAGAGCGAUGUGUACAGCUUCGGCGUGGUGCUGCUGGAGAUCCUGACCGGCCGGCGGUCGGUGGACAAGACGCGGCCGAGCCGGGAGCAGAACCUGGUGGACUACGGGCGGCCGUGCCUCAAGGACCCGCUCAAGCUGGCCCGGAUCAUGGACCCGGCCAUGGAGGGCCAGUACUCGGCGCGGGCGGCGCAGAGCGCGGCCCUCGUCGCGUACCGGUGCCUCAGCGGCAGCCCCAAGAACCGGCCGGACAUGUCCGCCGUCGUCGAGGCCCUGGAGCCGCUGCUCAGCCUCAAGGACGACGUGCCCCUGGGGCCGGUGGGGCCCGUUGGGCCGUUGGUGCUGUUCGUGGCGGCGACGGAGACGCCGGCGCCGGAGGAGAAGAAGGAGCGGGCGCCGAGGAAGGACGUCCGCCGGCGCAGGCCCAUGUCGCCGAAGGCGAGCCCCCGGAAGCGGGCCGGCGCCGGCGCCGGCCCGAAGGAGGAGUUCUGGGUGUGGCACCUGCCGGCCGAGCGGAUGGCGUGACGCGUCCGUGCUCGAGCCGUCGUGCAUGCGUGUGUUUGUGUGUACAUAUGAGGUGGCGAGGUGCCAUUGGUUAGGAUCAUACGCAUCCCUGUAAAUUUCCUUGGGUUUUCGUUUCAUUUUCUGUUGUUACAGUGCGAUGCAGAGUGUGGCUCGAAACUAGAGCAAUUUAUACACCGGAAGCUUUCUGUUCUUUACA